AGGACAAUUCAAACUAAAAAUGAAAAAAGAAAAAAAAAAAAAAAGGAAACAAGAAAACACAGUAAAGUCUACAAUAGGAGAGCCACAUUUUACCCAAGUUACUAAAAGGUUCACAUUUUACCGUAGUAUGACGUGCACUAGACAAGUAAUAAUUGGUAGGCCUCAGCGAUACAAGUAAUAAUUAAUGGGAAAUAUAUUGUGGUUCUGUCGAGCAUCACUUUCAUGAGGAUCCUGGUGUUGGUUUUGCUAGACCUGGUGGGCUUCCUCCGGUGGUUACUAGUUUUCUAACAAAUAAUGCAGUUUAGGGUUUCCCAAGCAACAUAUUGAGUUGUAGUGUAGAACUGUAUUCAUUUCUAGUGAAGCAAACUAUUGUUCUCCCUCUCUCUCUCUCCCAGGCUCCUCCUCCAUCAUUUUUCGGUAAGUACGUUCAGACCUUGAUUGUAUCUAAUUACUAAAUUAUCUGUAAGCAUAUAUAGACAUAUAUAUAGUAAAGUUGAUAUAAUUAAGAGGGCACUCAUAGUCAUUAAUCCAUCUCCGCAACGUUGUGCAGAUCGGAAUCUAAAGCAACGUUGAAGUCCAUAUAUAUGGAGCCGUUAACUAAUGGGGAGGUACAGACUGUAACGGAACUACCAUCACAGGAAAUAGAAGCGCAUCAUCGAGCACAGGACUUUGAAGAAACAGAUGAUGAUGCUGAUAACUUGCGCUUGUACCAGCAGCUGUACAGCUAUGCUACUCAUGGCAACACAAAUGGAUUUCACGACACUAUUGAAAAGAAGCUUCAGGAUCCCAAUGCUCGCGUUCAGUUGCUGUCUCGACGGAGCCCCCAGAAUAACACGUUUGUUCACAUAGCUGUGAGCUCCGGCCAUGCCGAACUAGCAGCCGAGAUCUUACAACAACACAAGCCCCUUUUGUUAGAGAAAAACUUUGAAGGCGAUACCGCGCUCCACAUUGCAGCCAAAUCCAAGGAUAUAGAUACGACAACAAAUACUCUUCUUCGCGAAGCACGAGGAACAAUAGACGUUGAAAAUAAUGGUGAUAUAUUGACAUUGCUGAGGAUGAAAAAUAAUGAGGAAAACACUGCCCUGCACGAGGCUCUAAUUCGAGGUCACCAAUCAGUAGCCAAGUGUUUGAUAGAGGCCGAUCCUGCCGUUUCACUUUACACUAACAAGGAACAAAAGUCCCCUUUGUAUCUGGCCGCUGAACAAGGGCUUGUUGAGAUAGUGAAGCUAAUAAAAGAAAAAGCAGUUGAGAAGAACACAGAAAUUCAAGGCAAGUCCCCGUUGCUUGCUGCAAUUAUAGGCCGCCAGAAAGAAGAAGUCCUAAAGAUAAUAUCAAACAUGGAAGCAAAUAUUUUGAACUCAAAAGAUGAGAAAGGGAGGACUCCACUGCAUUGUGCAGCAUCAAUUGGUUAUCUAGAAGGGGUUCGCUUCUUAGGCAGACGUCUCAUGGAUUCUCAUCGAAAGGAUCAUUGUGGCAACUUUCCGAUUCAUUGUGCAUCAAGCAAAGGUCAUGUCGACAUUGUUAAAGAGCUGCUUCGACAUUGUCCCGAUUCAAUGGAAUUGAGGAACUCAAGUGACCAAAAUAUACUCCAUGUUGCAGCAAGAUGUGGCGAGGACAAUCUUGUCAAAUAUUUUCUCAAGAAGGUUGAGUUUCGAAUGUUGAUAAACCAAAAAGACAACAGAGGAAAUACUCCUUUGCACUUGGCAAAGAUGUACCAUCAUCCCAAGGCUGUGGACCUUCUCACUUUCGAUAGAAGGACCAACUUAAAGGUCUUGAAUGAUAGGGGCAUGACAUCUAUUGACAUUUCAGAAAGCACUUUGGAAACUAGUGCAUCAUAUCAUGGGAUCAUACCUGCUGUAAAAGAAGAAGAAAAUGGCGUGAUCCAGUUAUAUUCCUCAGAACAAAAUCCAAGAGACUCCAGCAGCCUACCUGAACUUGAUCAAAUUUUGGUUGAGCCAGGCCCAGGUAUGGAAAAAAAAAGAACUACUGCCGCUGCUGGUCAGAUUCAGAACAAAGCAGUAGCGAUAGCUUGGUGGCUGGUAAACAGACUGGUAAAUUGCUUGGAAUACCCAAGAACUUGGUUGGAAGAUACACGUGGCAUGCUGAUGGUUGUUGCAACCAUGAUAUCAACCACAACUUUCGAAGCUGCAGUUAACCCACCCGGUGGUGUUUGGCAAGAAAAUAAUACAAAUAGUAGCGCUGGAGGUACUACUUAUUGCACCCAUGAUAAGAUAUGCUCUGCUGGAACUUCAGUGGCAGGCAGCGUCUUCCCAGAAAUCUUCCUUGAAUUCGUAACAUACAAUACCGUCUCGUUUAUUGCUUCUCUCAGUGUCACCCUUUUGCUUGUUGGCGGAUUUCCCCUCCGGAAUCGCGUAAUUAUGUGGCUUUUAUCAAUGGCCAUGUGUGUCACUCUCACUUCUGUGGCACUCACUUAUAUACAUGCUCUCAUCUUAGUGUUCCCUGAUACUGAAAUUUACAAAUCAUAUGAAAAGAUAUCCCGGAUAUCCAUUGUGGUUUGGGCUACAUUGCUUGGGAUCAUAGCUGCAAUCCACACCAUUCGUCUUAUCAUUUGGUUGGCGAGGAAGUUGUGGGGCAGGUUCAAGCGUAAGAUCCCAAAAAGUCUCAGGAACGUGAUUGAUAGUUUGGUGGAUAGUUCGAGAGCACGUCACCGUGGCAAAAAAUUCUGAGGAGAAUACGGCUGUCGUUUCCUUGUGUGUUGGAGCAACUAAACCGGAUUGCUAAAGUAAACCAUCUAUUUAACGAUGAAGAAUGUGUUUAAGGAGAACCAGCAGGUCGUGUUUGCCUAGUGAGCUAGCCAAUGUUUGCCUUAAUUUAUUUCUGUUAGAAUUUGGAUGCUAUGUAAUAAAUAAAGAUUCU